AUGCCAGUCCUCUGGGAGAUUCCUCACCCACCCUGCUCCUAUGGAGAGAGGGCUACCCACCUGGAAACUUCUCCCCACGUCUUCUUCAGCGGGCAAAUGGCAUACAGUGAGCAGAAGCUCCUGAGGAUCUGGCAUUCCCGCCUCCCUGCACACCAUGCUCACUGGACCCACGGCUCUGCUCAGGGGCGCCCCGUUCAGCCAGCGGCCAAGAUGUCCUCAGUGGGGAAGGUGACCCAGGUUCCCAGCGGGAAGGUCUACCAGCAGAUCUUCGAGGCUGAGGUGCAGCUGGUCCGCUCUCUGGCAGCCACCAGGAAGCGCGCUGUGGAGAGUUCCAUGACCCCAAAGAAUGGCAGGAAACCCUUGAUGAAGAAGAUGGAUAUUCCUGAAGGGGAGAUGAUGUGUCCUCGGCAGCGGAAGUGGGCGCACAGCCUACCCAAUGACUGGGUCACGGAAAAUCCUGUUCUCUACAGGGAAAAGGAAAUAAUCAAGAAGAAAAAAGCUGAAGAAAGUGAGAGCAUCAUUGAAGCCAGAGAGGUCCGGGGCCUCAUGGACACCAUAGUUCCAGAGAGGAUCAGCACAACCACCCUGGACAGAGACUCCAAGAGGCAGGGCUACGAGAGUGCUCUGGGGAGUUUUAAGGAGGAGAUUGCUCAGAUUGGGAUGGAAAUGGAACCUCUCAUCUUAGAGCCAGGAGCACUUCUUUUAAAAAAGCUGGCGGCGUCUGAUGAGGAAAUCGACCAACUCUUCAAAAAGGUGGAAAGCGAUAUCAACCUCGAAGACUACACCAUCCAAACCCUGAUGGAGCUGUGGGAUCAGGUGGCUGAGAAGUUCCAGUUCCAGAAGCAGGGGAUUAAGGAGCUGGAUGAGACACUGACCUCGACCGAGUUCUCUCGGGCAGAUAAACUCAGAAGCGUGUUGAAGAAAUAUGUGGAAAUCAUAGAGAAAACUUCCUAUCUCAUGCAGCCUGACGUGUACACGCUGAUAAAUAAGGAAGCCAUGGUCAUAAACCAGGCCCUCCUGGGCAACCGGAGGGCCAUCGCCCAGCUGUUUGUCAACCUGAUGGAGGCCACGCUGCAGCAGGAGCUCGAGGGCCAUCGCCGCUGGCAGGGCCUGGUGGACACCUGGAAGGUUCUCAAGAAGCAGGUCCUGGUGCAGAGUUUCAGGUCCGUGUCCGCCCACACUUCCCGCAGCCUCCCCCCAGCCCACCUGGAAGGCCGGCCCAGCAAGCCGGUGGUCCUCACCCUCCUUUCUGUCCUCGCUCCAAAACACUCCCGUUCUUCUGGGGAGUCUCGCUGGUGGCCCCCUGGCUCUUCGAUCCCCCCUCUCAUCGUUGCCCCAGAGGCCUACAAUGGGGAGGGAGGGGCUGAAGUGGUUGACCUUCUGCCCCCCAAUUACAGCAAAGCUCAGCUGACUGAAUGGCAUUCUUCUCUCAACUCCCUAAAUAAGCACCUCGAUGCCUACCACAUGGGCUGCGUGAUGCAGAUCCGCCUGCAGUACGAGAAGACCUGGCAGGAGUGCCUGGCCCGCGUGCAGGAGUGCAAGAAGCAGCUGCUGGACUGGAAAGCCUUCACUGAGGAGGAGGCAGAGAGCCUGGUGAGCCCAUACUUCUUCCAGAUGGUGGGAGUGCUCCAGAGCAAGGUGGAAGAGGAGCUGGAGCUCCUGGACAAAUCCUUCAAGGACCUGGCCAAGCAGACAGAAUGUCAGAGCUCGGAUCUCCUCAGCUACUUCCAAGAGGCCGUGAGGCUGUGGGAGGCACAUCAGAACACGCUGUCCGAACAGGAGCUAGAGCUGGAGAAGAGGAUGGAACAGCAGCGGCAGAAGCACAUCCUGGAGGAACAGGCCCAGGAAGCCCACCUUGAUAAGCUCUUGGACCAACUGAGGCAGCAAAGCCUUGAGGAAACACUGAAGCUUCACCUGGAAAAAGCCAAAGAUUUUUUGAAGAAUAUGAAACACAGGUAUGAGUGUUUCCACAAGACCCUGACAAAGGAAGUGAUGGAGUACCCAGUGCUCACACUGAGAGAACUCAACUCCUACAGCUCCACCCUUAGCCAACAUUUCUAUGUUCGUGAGAUCUUUGAACAGACCUUGGAUGGGGAAGUCAUUUUCAAAUUCAGGGAACCAGAAGCACAGGAAAAGCUCUUCCAGGAGAGUAUGAGAAAACGGAGGAGUAAACAGAGAGCUCAAGUGGAAAUGAGCAGAAGUGAAGACAGUGAAAGCGCAGGAACAAGUUCAUCCAGGCUAGCGGAAGAGAUGGAAGGAGAAGAUCAAGACAUCGAGUCUUCCUUAAAUGAAGAGAUGGCAGCGAGCCAGCAGGAACAAUCUGCACUGAGUGACGAGAUGGAUGAGUCCAGUGAGGAGUCUAUUCAGGGUUUAGAAGAAAUGCAAGUUAAAAGAGACAGCUCCUUAAAACCAUCCCAGAACCAGGAAAAUGAGAAGAGGAGGAAGAAAAAGAAGGAAGAGGAAGAGGAGGAGGAGGAAAAGGAGGAACAUGAAGUGGAAGAAAAGCAGGAGGAGGAGGAGGAGGAAAAGGAAGAACAUGAGAGUUUAUCUAUGGAUGAGGCUGAAGCCCAGGAAGAACAUCUGGGGGAAAUCUCCUGUGAAGACAUGGAGUCCUUCACAACCUCCAGCGGACACACUUAUUUUGUGUUCCUACCCCUGGAACAAGAAGAAGAGAGUUUCAAAAGGCCCAAUUCCAACUUUUCUACCAUUCUCAUCAAUGACACUUCCAGUGCCCACCUCCUAGACCAAGUGAUAAUUCCAUCCAGACUAGUUUUAGGAAUUAAGAAGCAACUUCGAGCUGGUUUUUUCGAGCACCUAGAGAAGUGGUUUGACCAACGUGUCCUCAAAACCCAGGUCACUGUGGCCACCAAGAUUGAUGAGCUGGACUCAGAACUAGAGCUGCAUCUGCACCUACACAAGCCAAGAGCUGAGUGCAUUGAAAAGGACAUCCACAAUGUCAGAGCAGCUGAGCUCUUGCUUCAUCAAGAGCAGCUGGACAGCCACUGUGCUGGGGUGAUCGAGACGCUGAGAAAGGAGAGGCUGAUGUUCUACCGGUUCCAAGAAGAGCAAAACAUAAAGAGCAAAAACUUCCGCCGCAAGAUUUACGACAUGGAGCAUAUCUUCUUGAAUGCCACAAAGAGCCAGAGGCUGGUUACUCUCAGCAGCACACUGCACCAGGAGCUGCUCAGCUACAUCGACGUCGUGCAGGUGUCCCUGCGCAGCUUCCGCCAGUACUUGGAGGAGAACCUGGGCAAGCUUCACUACGCCAACAUCGAGUUCAUCAAGCACUGCAGAUUGUUUUCUGACGGAGGCAACUUUUCUGCUGAAGAAAUUGACUCACUGUGUCAUCGACUGGAGAAGGAAGCUUCUCGAAUAGAGUUUGUUGAAAGUUUAAUCAUGAUCAACAUGGAGAAGAUGGAGAAUGAAUAUCUGGACCAGGCCAAUGAUGUCAUCAAUAAGUUUGAAAGCAAAUUUCAUAACCUGUCUGUGGACCUUAUUUUCAUAGAGAAAAUCCAGCGGUUGCUGACAAAUCUGCAAGUGAACAUCAAGAGCGAGGUUGCAAAAUCCAAUCUGCAAACAGAUGGAUUGAAUUCGUCUCUGGAACAGCUUCAAAGGAAAAUAGAAAUGUGUCGAAACUCAAAGGGAGAUAAAAAAGUGGUGGCCACGGAUGACCUCCUUGGCUUGGUCCGGACUUGGAAAGAAAAACUGGGCCAGAGGAUUCAGUACCUGAAUUGCAGGCUGGACAUCGUAUACACGACUCAAGUUGUCUUUACUGAUGACAUCAUGAUCGAUAUGGAGGUGGAGAGUGACAUCCUGGUGUCUUCAGAAGUCCUUGAAGAGGAAGCCAAGGUAGACUUGGUCACCCCUGAGUCCUUUGCCCAGCCCAGCCGCAUGGGGAAGUCCAUGAUUGAAGACCCGGCUGUGGAAGUGGUCAAGAAGAUCCUGCAACUUCCCAACUCAAAAUGCUCAACCCAGCAGUGCGACAAAGAUCGGUUCCAGACAGGUAGAGACAAACAGGCCUGUGGGUCUUGGGGCACUGGAGGUGGGAAAGCCAGUGUUGCCACCUGGUCCUCCUCACCUUGGGUCCUCUGUUCUUGUCCUGGGUGCUCAUCACCCAAAGGCUUGAAGCGACACCGGAACCGGGGAGAACAUGUCGUGAGAAAGGCCCUGUCCAGUGCCAGUGCCACUUCAACAAUGAGCAUCACACGGUACUCCAAGCCCAACCGAAUGGACAGAAAGUACCAGGUGCUCGGGGAGAAGCCACCGCCGCCAGCUGAGGAUUUUAAAGGGAUCAUCCUGACCCUCCUCUGGGAGAGCAAUGAGCAUCUGCUGAAUGUUGUGGAGGAGUUUUACCGCAAAGAGAAGCACUCAGUCACCAGGCCUGACUGCAUGUACGAAAACUUUGACCAGUGUGCAGAGAAUAUCUGCAAGAGGAUCCUGGAAUACCAUGUCCAGACAGACGAGUACCAUAACUCCUGCCUCAUAGAAUUACGGGCCCAGAUGAGGAGAUUUGAGGAGCUGCUGCCCCAGGUCUGCUGGCUGGUGAUGGAGAACUUCAAAGAACACCACUGGAAAAGAUUCUGUGCAUCUGCCAAAGAGAUCCGGGGACAGUUCUGGGAUUAUCAGGAGAAGCUGGAGAUAAGGAAGGAUGAAAAUGCCCAGAAGCUCCAUCAAAAUCUCGGACAUCCCGCACAUAUCCAAGAAAUGGAGUCUCUGUGUCAGGCGGAAGAGAAAAGGCAGAACGAUUUAGACACUGUGAUUAUGGCAACCAGGGAGAAGCUUGAGGAAUUCACCAGGAAGUACGGCCGGUUUUUCAUAGCCAGCCUGGCCACCUUCACCGAGAAGUUCCUGCUGCAGUUAGAUGAAGUGGUCACCAUCGACGAUGUCCGGGUUGCAAGGAUGGAGCCUACCAAACAGAAAACAUCAAUCCUCAUACGGAGGAAACUCGCUAGGCUUUCCCUGAAGGAAGAAAGUGAGAAGCCCCUGAUUGAGCGGGGGAGCAGGAAGUGGCCAGGAAUCAAACCCACUGAGGUCACCAUCCAAAACAAGAUUCUCCUCCGGAAAACAUCAUCCAUCAUCACCACCAAAACGACCCUGGGCCACCUGGCGGCUGUGGAAGCCCGAGAUGCCGUCUACCUGAAAUAUUUAGCAUUAUUUGAAGAGGAGUUGAAGAAGAUCCAGGAUGACAACACAUUGCAGGUGAAGGAGGCUCAGCGCUGGAAGGACAGCUGGAAGCGCUCCGUGGAUACCAUCCAGGGCCUGUACUUGUGA